GGAAAUAAGGUAAGGGAUUUCGAUUUUCGAGGGAAAUUAAGCCGGCCUUAACCUACUCUCCAGCCGCAGUUCUUACAGUUCUUCCUCUCGUAAUUCAUCAUCUCACAGCAAUUUUCCUCCCCCAAAAGCUCUCGCAAUCCUGCGGUUCUCACAAGUCACAACCAAUCAUCCUCUUUCAAGAUCAAUUUGAGCUAUCAUCUCCAGCAAUUUAUCAUCUCACAAGCGCGCAAUAACUGCUAGUUUUAUACGCAAAGCGAACACAGGAAAAAAGGGAUUACUUUUCCAGCAUGGUCAGGGGCGGAACUGGCAUAGACCAAGGAUGCACCUGCAUCAUAAAAUAAUUUGGUUUGAUGGCAAAGGAGAUGUAUCAGUACAUACGUUUCAGCAGGAGGUGGAUUAGAUAUCGUGCAAGUGAAAGGACAUAUAUCUAUAUUGACUGUGAUAAGACUAUAACAGUGACUGUACAACAUGAUGAUAAACUUCAAGAUGGCGCAGAAUGUGCUUUUCAGUGCGCCAUUCUUUCACCACUGUGUAUGGUCAAAGAAGAAUCAGAGUCAUGAAUCUCUCUCUCUCAUGUACAAGCACGCUUCCUAGUAUAUUCCACUCCGCUGACUUGGAUGCUCAAUUCAUAUGUUUCUUAAAGCAAGGUGCUUGCUGUGGCUUGCAGGCGUGGUGCACUGGUGUGGCUGCAGCUUCUGGUGUAAUUUUGCUGCACUAUUGUUUCUGCACUGAUGUUCUGUGCCCUGCUGCUGCUUGGGUUUUGCAGCUGUUUCGUGUAGUGUUGCUGCGUUCUGUUUCUCUACGUAACUUCUAUGUUGUAGCUGUAUCAUUUUGCUGGUUGUGUAAUUUUUCAGUUUGGGAUGCAAGUUGUAAUUUGUCAGUUUGUUUCUUUGGUUUGGAUAUAUAUUACGUGUAUUAAUUACUUUCAUUUGGUAAUAUAUUUUCUCUAUUUUACCAAAAAAAUAAAAAUAACACA